UUGGUUGAUGUUUGAACUAAUUCGCGGGAUCCAAUGAAAAGGCAGCUCGCGAGCUCAAUUGGACAAGUCAAGCACCCGGAGAGCGCUAAAACGGGACGUUGAGUCAACAGCUCUCAGAGAUUGCUGGACAUUGAUUUCUUCAGUAAUAUCACCAGGAGCCUAAGGUAGGAAUAAUUUUCACUUGUUGUAAUGAUUACUCAGACAGCGGUGUUGAUUCAGGUUUGUGUAUUUAGCAAUUUAUAAGCAAAGUAUUCGUUUUUUUUCUUUUCUUUUUUCGAAUAAUGCUAACCUAUCAGACAACAGUUGCAAGAGUUAGUUUGCUCUUUACCAGCUAGUAACGUUAACUGAGCCGUAUACAGAAAUUAUCUGAAACAAUCUUGACAUAACGUUAGCUUGCUUCGUGUAUUUAAUUUAGCUAACGUAACGUUAACGUUAGCUGGAUUAAUUUAUUUUUUGGUUUAUGUUGUAUUGGUAUUAUACCGAUAACAUUAACAUGCUACUUUUAUAAUAUAUUAUCUAUUGUACUUCGCUUCCACAAGCUCUGCUGCUAACUUGCAUGCAGAUGACACAAGUUGGCCUAGCAUUAUGUCUGCCAUUAUGUCAAUCAGCCUCGCAAGACACCAUGUGAAUAAUGAAACAGCCUUAAAUGCAUUAAUCUAAAUUGACUAAGUUACAAGCAAGCCUCUUUUAAUUCCCUAGGUGUGAUGAGAAAGUUUGCAGUGGUCCAGUGGGACAGUGGGGAGGAUGCUGGGAUGUAUAGCGAGGUGAAAACCGAUGCCAUACGUAGAUAUGAUGACACCAAGGUGGAUGACGAUGGAUACCCACAAACUGACUAUUCAGCUGCUGUGGAGUGGCAGAAAGGGAAAAAGCCAAAACAUGGCUGGCCAGUGUACAUGGCCUCUAUUAAGUUUGUGAGCAACAAUCGAUAUCAUACUAAUGCUAAAAUUAAGGAAUUUCUGGGGUUGGAGUCUGAUGAAAGGAACAAGCCACUGCCUAAGAAAAGGACCCCAGUCCCGCCAUCAAGAUAUACAGAUUCAGAUGAAACUGAUGUGGAGAAUACACCAACCCAAAGGAAAAGGACAGUGAUUCCCAAACCACAGAGAAAUGUUGCCCAAAUGAUUGUUGAUGAGUAUCAAGUCACAACCUUGACAGAGACUCAGAAGAAGCUGAAAGACAUGGACGAGGAAAACGAAAAAUUGAGAAAUGACAACGAAAAAUUAAGAACAAUGCUUAUUAGAGAGCUACCAAAUCUGAUUAAUGACGUAAAAAUGGCCCUGAAAUCUCCAUGUUCGUCAACGUUGUCGGUCAGCUCUGACUUGGAAGGUGGACAGGGUUUGCCACAGCGUAUUACACAGUCCACCCCACAACCCUCUCCCACAGCCCUCCCCCCACCGAAAGCAGUAUCCACAGAACAGGUGGAAAUAUCUCCUGGAUCUAAUGUAUUUAUUGACAGACUGGCUUGGGCUGUGGCCCAGAAUGCAAACUCUGCCUCCUGUUUUGUGAGAACACUCCUGACAGCAGUGUUCCCAAUUGAUGUGCUCCUUGUGAGCAAUCUUCGAGGAACAUCCAGGGAUUCUGGGCCACAACGUCAGGCUCUUGACAAAAUGAAAGUGGAUGCUAUCUACAGAGCAACAUUGCAAAAGUGGCCUCAUGUGGUGCCCUCCAGCAUUGGUGCAGCCAUCAAUGCCAAACUUACUGAAAUUAGAGGAAAGAAGAAAGAAAGAAAAAAUCCGGAAACCUUAAUGCUCUUUGAUGACUGAU